CCACAACAUCCGCAUGUCAACAUCGUCAAAUAUUAUCUCGAUCAUUGCUUAACUUCAAUUACUCCCGGUUGUUGCUUUGUAAAAAUCACACGGACGCCAUACAAGAUCUGCGUUUGGGGUUUCAUUUACAGACCAACAUAGGAGAGAUCUAUGGCCACCGGUGGUGGGUACAGUGAUGCCAGCCAGAAGAUAGACUAUGUGUUUAAGGUGGUGCUCAUCGGAGACUCCGCGGUUGGCAAAUCACAGAUACUUGCUCGCUUCUCCAGAAACGAGUUCAGUUUAGAUUCCAAAGCCACUAUCGGUGUCGAGUUCCAGACCCGAACUCUCGUUAUAAAGCACAAGUCUGUCAAGGCUCAGAUCUGGGACACCGCCGGUCAAGAACGGUACAGAGCCGUGACAAGUGCAUACUACAGGGGUGCAGUAGGUGCCAUGUUGGUUUACGACAUAACGAAACGCCAGACGUUCGACCACAUACCACGGUGGCUGGAAGAGCUACGUAACCAUGCCGACAAGAACAUCGUCAUCAUUCUGAUAGGAAACAAAAGUGAUUUGGAAGACCAACGGUCGGUCCCAACAGAAGACGCCAAGGAGUUUGCUCAAAAAGAAGGACUGUUCUUCCUGGAGACAUCAGCACUCGAAGCAACAAACGUAGAAGAUGCAUUCUUAACGGUUUUAACAGAAAUCUUCAGAAUCGUUAACAAGAAAAGUCUGGCUGUGAAUGAAGAACAAAAUGGGAACACUGGUUCUUUGGCUGGUAAGAAGAUCAUUGUCCCUGGGCCUGCACAAGUGAUUCCAGAAAAGAGGACAUGUUGUACAUCAUAAUCAUAAUCAUAUCUAUGGAGAUGCAUUCUUGUUCUUAAGAAGAUUAAUUUUCUUUUUAUUUUUAUUUUUGGUUUGUGGGUGAUGAUGAUAUUAUUUUUGUGCAAAUUUUGUUGUUAUAUUGGGGAUUGAAGAGAAAACAACAUGAAUGAUGACACCAUUUGUGUAUGUUUGAAUUCAUAGCUAUUUUGUUAUUAGUUAAACUUUUGUUUGUUCUUAAUGAUGAAUAAUAUUUAAAUAAUGGUCAAACUUUUAGUUUGGCACUCA